GUGGUGCCAAAAAUAGUUUUGUAGAGGAGGCUAUCUUCGUAUUCUCUUCAGUCCAAGAAAUGUUACGAACAUGAACUCGAGUCCAAGACCGUCUAGUUUCUUAAAUUAGCCAUAACUAGGACAAUCUUCGACAAGUUUGCAGAGAGCAAAUGGGGGAUUCAUCUCAGUGGCAUGAGUAUCUCGUGUUGUAUUGCAGUAGUAGGAGGGGGGUUGUAAAUAUCUGGCUGAUCACUGUCGAGUACUGCUAGAAACUGGGAGAUAAAUAGGACGAUGGAAGCCCGACAAAUACCAGUAUAACAACGAGCCUUCACAUCAAGCAUCGCUACAACAGAUCAGAUCCUUAAAAUGAAGGCCGCUUUUGCUUCCCAGUUGCUGUCGCUCGCGGCUCUCUUGAUGCCCUUGAACUCCUGUCAUGCUUUACCUCUAUCAGAAAAAGAUCUAAGACUCUUCGAAGAGCGGUACAUCAACUCAUUAAACUAUUCACUUGGUAACGACACUGUGAAGUUGGUCGGCUACAAAGCCAUCAAGAUCCCCGCCGAAGAGUUAGAUGACUUGAAAGAUCACUACAACAAUCACCCGGAGGUAUGGAAGAACAUGCCAAACUACUUCUACGAUCAAGGCUCCGGCACAUUAAGAGCUUAUUUCCCAGUCGACGGAGCUUUAGUCGAGCACGACGGCCAGUACCAUGAGGCAAGCCCAAUGGGCGAGUUGGACCUGAAGGAAAUCAAUGGCGAUCAUUCUGUUUUGGGCCGCCGGCAGACCGAUUCAAUCACAGGUGUUGAAGGUAACAUCAUCAAAGAUGGUAUUAUCUACCUUGAGAACGCUCCAAAGCCGAAUGCUCGGUAUGGUAACGUGCUUGUCUAUGAUUUUGGUGAAAAGAUUGUCCUCGACCACGAUCAUGGCAGCCACUCGAAGCGAGGAGGAAAGAAGUCUUGCAUGAAUAACCACGGCGGCCCCAAUUGCAGUGACAAAUUCAACAUCCAUAACAACAAGUGCAAGAAGAGGCAUGACAUCUGCAUGGACUACAACGGCUGGUUUUCAAACUGCAAGAAGAAUGGCUCGACUUGGAGGAACUUUCCUGGAAGUGAUUGUGACAAGGCUCUUGGCCGUGGUAAAUGCUGGAAUGAGGUUAUGUGAAGUCGUUCUAUCUUAAAUUUGUGUCUGAGAGUUGGGGUUAUUAUUUAUGAUGCGAUUUUGAGGAUCGUGCCUAUGUGAAUAACUUCAUGUCUGGUGAUGGUGAUUGAUCUUCCUGUACUAGUUUUUGGCCCAUUAUUGUCCUUUAUCCCCUUUCGAAAUACAUACUGAGAGAUGUCAUAUCCUGUACGUAAAAGGCACAACAACGGUGUUCAGAGGGAGCGUC